UCAUUUACAAGUUUACAACUUCUUAUAUAGAACCAAACUGAUUGCCAAUAAAGGUCAACGACUGAAUUGUUGACAGCUACUGUUCUUUGGCCGCCACAGAAUCAACUUGCAACCUCAUCAGUCAUUAUAAAGUUGAUGAUCUUCUGCUCAGUUGCAUACAAUUUAGAUAAGAUCUGAAUAUAUCAAUGUCUUUUCUGAUUCACUAAGUUUUUCUUGUCUGGCUCACUAAGUUUACUUGACAUAAACCAAGAUGGUAGCUACCAACUAUGACAGGAAAAGUGAAGUGAAAGCUUUUGAUGACACAAAAGAAGGUGUUAAAGGUCUUGUUGAUGCUGGAGUAACUGAGGUUCCUCGAAUUUUUCAUCAUCAACCAGAUGAGUAUUCCAUCAAUGAUUCUAAUGAUCCUGAAGAAACCCAAAUUAGCAUUCCAGUCAUUGAUCUUGAAGGCCUUCUUGAUUCAACUAAACAGAAGGAGAUUGUUGCAAAAGUCGGAGAGGCAUCAGAGACAUGGGGCUUCUUUCAGAUAGUCAACCAUGGAAUACCUGUUGAUGUUCUUGAGGAGGUAAAACAUGGGGUACAUCGGUUUUUUGAGCAAGACACUGAGGUGAAGAAGCAGCUUUAUGGUCGAGAUCACUUCAGGAAUCCUGUGAUCUACAAUAGCAACUUUGAUCUGUAUAGUGCACCGGCAACCAAUUGGAGAGAUACUUUUAUGUGUUACAUGGCUCCAACUCCUACAAAGCCAGAAGACUUACCAGAAGUUUGCAGAAACAUACUUGUUGAGUACUCAGACCAAGUGAUGAAGUUGGGGAAGCUAUUGUUCGAGUUGUUGUCUGAAGCUCUUGGAUUGAAGCCAACUUACUUGAAUGACAUAGAUUGCAGUGAGGGACUUGUGUUAUUGAGCCAUUACUAUCCCCCUUGUCCACAGCCAGAACUAACUCUAGGCACAACCAAACAUGCUGAUAAUUCCUUCCUUACUGUUCUUCUGCAAGACCAUAUCGGUGGUCUUCAAGUCCUUCACCAGAAUAAGUGGAUUGAUGUACCCCCCGUGCCGGGGGCUCUUGUGGUUAACAUUGGAGAUCUUCUGCAGCUUAUAUCAAAUGACAGAUUCAAGAGUGUCGAACAUAAGGUACUGGCAAACUGUAGAGGUCCAAGAGUAUCGAAUGCAAGCUUUUUCUGCACUGGUAUGUUGCCGUUACCAAAACUCUACGGACCAAUAAAGGAGUUAUUAUCCGAAGAAAAUCCUCCAAAGUACAGGGAGACUACUGUUAGGGACUAUGCUGCAUACUUCAAUGAGAAAGGCCUUGAUGGGACCUCUGCUUUGUCUCACUUCAAGGUUUGAUUCUGGAAAAGGAGCAUUAAUAAGUGCCAUACUAUAAACACUUCUUUUGUGUAAAAAUAUCCAAAGUAAACCUUUAAGGACUAAUAUGAAGUUAUAUUUCCAAUAAAAUGUAAACUAUGAUUGUUAUUGUCAUUUUUCUUUGUUUUUAAAAAGAUUUAACAUGUGGUGGCUGUUUAAAUAAGAUUUGUUUCAGCUUCUACCUCC